CUCCAUUAAAAAAUGUACUACACCUACCGUAAAAUCCUGAAAUAGCGCCCACACUCGAUAGAUCGCCCACUCCGCUUUUAUGUUCGAACACGUGUUUCCCUCGAAUACUGAUAGGUCGCCCACCUUCCAAAAAUAGCGAUGCCCGAAGGUUGAGAAAGGUGCCGGAGGGUAGGGGAGAAGGUUUGGAAAGCCUAGGAUUCCCUUCACAAAAAGAAGAGGCCACACACAAUAAGGGAGAUAACGGAAGGAACCCGGAAAGCGGUCAAGAUCACUUAUUGAAUGACAUCAGGAAAGCGUUGAAGGUCACUUAGUGGUUGUCGUCAGAUCGCCCGAGAACCCCAGAAAAUCUUUCGACCAGCAAACUGAGAAGACGUUUCUUGUGUAUACUCGGGAUGAGGUCCAGCUAUACCAUCCAGAAGAAAGUGGAAGUCGUGGAAUGGCACCGCAAGAAUGGAGCUAACGUGAGCAAGACUGCGCGCCAUUUCGAAGUUGACCAGAAGCGUGUACGGGAAUGGAAUACAAGCUACCAAGUACUUCUACAACAAUACCAUGGAACGAACAAGUUGAAGAGAGCAAUAGGUAGGGGACGACCCGUUUUUAGUGAAGAAAUCGACGACGCACUGAUGGACUUCCUGGAGACUGAGAGAUCCGCCGGUCGAGCAGUCAGCAAUCGCCUGCUUCAAGAGCAUGCGCGGAAACUGGCAGAACAGAUGGGCCUAGGAAACUUCCAAGCGUCAUGCCAGUACAUAGCUAACUGGAAGAAGCGAUUUAAUGUGUCUAUGCGGGUGGGGACCAACGAAAGUCAGAAGCUGCCUGCCGACUACGUUGAAGCAAUUACGGUGUUCCGAAAGGCUGUGUCAACUCUGCGCCUGGAGCACAACUACUCGGACUACAACAUAGCCAACAUGGAUCAGACUAUGGUCCGGAUGGAUUGCCCUGCUGCGAGAACCAACAAUGCUGUCGGCGAGUCGAGUAUUCGCAUCGCCAACACCGGCUGUGCUCGGAGAGGGAUGACGGUGGCCUUGUGCGCGACGGCAGCGGGCAUCAAGCUACCUGCUUUGAUCGUACUGGAGGAGCCAACCGGCCGGAUUCCCCCCAGAGUACUCUUUUCUCUAAGGAUUCCAGCAAAUGUGCGAGUUACUUCUUCCAAGAACGGUUGGAUGACCUCUCCCGUCCUACUGGAGUGAACUAGGAGAGUUUGGGGCCCGAACGCCGACGACGUGAGGAGACUGCUCAUACUGGACCAAGCACCCAUACACAAGACAGGCGGCCCGAGAAGCGCUCGACGCAAAAGACACCGACGUCGUCUUGAUACCGGGCGGUUGCACGUCCAUUUUGCAACCCGCGGACGUCUCAUGGAUGAAGCCCUUCAAGGACGCGUGGAAUUUGGGCAUCGUUCUUCCGGUUCGGUGACUCCAAAGGGGCAACCUUCGCAAGCCGUCGCGUCAAGAGGUUGUGGACUUGGUGGCUCAGGCGUGGGCCUCCGUCUCCGAGGAUACCGUGCGGAGUUGGUUCAAACGGAAUA